CUAGCCAUUGCUCGUAACCGAAUUCGAGAAAUAGCUGAACCGUUUCUUUACAACAAGUCCCCUAGUCGGUCACGGCAGCGCAAAAGAGACCUCUCUUCGGUGCGGGCGGCAGAAGGGGAAAGAAAAUCGCGCGCUUUCUUUGUCCCCUUUCUACCGCCCCCCUCCUCUCCUCUAGGGAACCUCUUCAGGUGGAGAGGCGGGGGGGUUAGAGUAGCGAACACGAGCACUUCUACUGUUGUGAAACGCAAAUGGCCACCAUUUUGAACUGAAUUGCUGUCAUUUCUCCCUGGAAAGGAUUUGCCCGAUGGCAGUUCGCCCGGACUGGGAUUGGGAGUAACGCAUUUCUGCCAGUUCUCCUGUAUUAUCUUGGGAGUCUCCCAGAUACCAGUCUACCUGUCCUCCGUUCAGGGCCACAAAGUCUCCUGGAUUGAACUGGAUUACGAAACUGGCAGUAGACAAUAUAUCACCCAUUUUGCCUUCUUGUUUCAUUUCGUAAAAUAAUGCUGGCGCUCACAUUCUUAGCUUGGACUACUUGUAGCCUGCGUAGGAAGCGUUCUCGUACGAGGCGAACGAAAUUCGGUCCGCGCGAAGGAGUCUUUCGCAUUCGGGCCGCGCGAAACAUCUCCCAUUUUGCGCGCGGCCCGAAUUUCGUUCGCCUCGUACGGGAACGCUUGCUAGGCAGGCUAGGGCUACUUGUGGUUAAGGUUUGAGACAUUACAAAGACUCGUCAAAACUUUUCACUCGAAAUUUUUCAUGACUUUAGAAUUUUUUAACGUACCAAAGUUUGCAGAAAUAAAACCCCUUUCAAAUUGUAAAAUUCACGUUCAUUUUCGCUACCAUGCCCACGAGCAACUAACCCCUCCCCUGAAGAAGCGGAAAUGCUCUUCUUUAAAGUGAGGCAUCAUAAAUACGCAAGCGCGACUUUGUGCGAUUUCCUUUCCUGAUUUUCAAAAUGGACGUUGACUGUGUAUGCGAGGAGUAUUAGAGAUCAUUCUUAAUUUCGUGGGGUUUGGUAAUGAAAGCUGCUUUUUUUGAGGUUAAAUUCUCGAAGGAAUUAACCUCUUUUCAAGGGAGUUCCUGCUCAAAAUACGACAACUUUCAACGCUGAGUUUUCAGAUGGAGGUUGCCGAGUUGUCAGCAGAAGACGAUGUCGUUACAAAAGAUAGGUUAUCUGGUCAAGGAACAACUACUCAGCCAAACGAAGGCUAUGCUAUCUCAAUGAAAAAAGGAGAGGAAACAGAUAAAAAUAGGCCACGUGUUACAUACUCGAAGGAGGACUUACUCAAUUUGAGAGAGUCUCCAGCAUCGAAACUUUGGCCAUCAAUUCUUUCCGAGGAGCAUGUCAGGCAUGGUGUGUGGGAUCCUGAGAUAUGGCAUCAGUCCUUCUCUGGAGGAAAAAGAUGUGCAUCACCUGGGGAGGAACUCAAAAAACAACUUGUGAUUGAGGAUGGCAUAGUACUGAGCCCUCAGCGUCAAAGCUUUGUACAAGGCUGUCAAAUUCCCCAAAGUGCUCCUGAAAGAAACAUCCAACAGGACAGACUUAAGACUGGCUUAAGCAGAACAACUGAUCGCGAGCGGGAGGGAAGAAGCCGGCUCACUGGAAGAGUGGGUAGAGGAAAAGCCUUAGACUUUAAAGAACGUACACCUUUACAAGAAAGGAACAAGGACCCUGAGGAUCUAUCAGGGACAUACACAGGACCAAAAGAGAGGGAAAGGGAGGAGAGAGGUAACAGAGACAGAACUGAACGAGGAUAUGGCAAAGACAAAGACAGAGGAAAUAGAGAGAGGGACAAGGAGCGAAAAAGAAGCAGGGAAGAAUCUACACGAGGGAGAAACAUUCAAGUCAGAAAGAAGCAAGGUAAAGAAACUCAAAAUGAAGAGCCAGAAUGGUUCACAUUUGGUCCUUCAAGUCAGUUUGAAACCAUGGAGCUUAAGGGAUUUGAUGAAGAUGAAGUUAUUAAAAGAGACCGUGAGAGACGCAAGUCUGCUUCUGAUGAGAUCAAAGCAAUUUUGUCAGUGGGGCAGAAAGGCCCUUCUAAUGGUGAACUGAACAGUUCAUCACCAGUCGCAGACAGUAGCCUAUCCCAAGAUGCUGCUGGUGACAAGAAAACCAAUACUGAUGAUUGCACUAGCACAACUGCUCCUGACGACAUUAAACAAAAAGCCAAACCUUUUGACAUCAAUGACUUUUUCCUGAGUGACACUUUGCUCCCUUUCACAGGAGGGGUGGACCAAACCAGUAGUCGAUUUUGCCAGUUUUUUGGUCAACCAGGAAGUAACUACAGCAGUAGUAGAAGUGGAAGUACAGGUUUCUCAAGUGGAGGUGCCAACACGCCUCGUACACCAUCACCAGGACCAAAUUACUUAUUCACCCCUAUUGCGCCUUCAGUGGAUGACGGUAUUAAGUCCCACAGUCUAGCAGAUAUGCUGCAGAAAUCUCAGAUCAGUGUGCAACCGUUGUUGGACGAAGUCAUGUCAGCAGGCAAGGAAAGCAGCAAAGUAAAGGGUUCAGUUCGUUUGGAAGACAUUGAAGCUGAUGUAACUCAAGAUGUUGAGAGCUCUUCCAAGAAAGAAAUCCCUGAUUUGGAGCAGAACAAAGAAAACAUCAGUAGAGGUAUUGAAAUACCCAAACCAAAUGAAGAAAUGGUUGCAUUUAAUAUGCUUGUGGAGAAGAUGAAGUCAUCGGGCACCUUACCAGAGAAACCUCAACCUACAAUAACUGGCUUACCCACCCGCUUGCUGCCAAGGCCACCCUCCCCCAAGCGCAGAACUCCGAGGAACACUCCAUCUCCCCUGCGGGAUCUGAGGAGGUCGCCAUCACCCACUGAAUUGCUGAGGCAGAUGACCAUGCAGGCACCGUUGUCUGAUCACAGACCCCCGUCACCAGCACAGGUUGUACCACAGUUGAAUAGACCUCCAUCUCCACUGGAGGUGUUCCACAAGUACAAUUCCAUAGCAACACCUCCUCACGAUCUGUUUGCGUCUCCUUUGCUUCGUCGAUCACCCUCUCCACUUGCAAUGCUGGCACACCAGAGGCAGAGCCCACCUCUUGGGUUUGGCAGUGUCAACAUGCAUAGAAUACCACCACAAGUCACCUCUCUGUACCACACAGGACCUCGACCCAGCAUGCCGUACAGAGGAGGUCAGCAGCCAGCCCUGAGGAAACCACAAGACAAGUACACUAAGUCCGGUGGAGCUUCUGAACCGCGGAGCCAGCCAGCAGUGCAACCAAAACCUGUAUCAGCAGGUCAGGCCAAUUCUCCUCACAUACCAGACCGGUCAUUUAUGCCGACAUCCGUCAUGAGAAAGAUUCACCAAGAUCAGAAGACACCAAAACCCAACUUUGAAGACCAGUCUAAAGCAAGUCUUGCAGCUGAAGGUGACAAUGUAGCUAGUAGGAGAGGUGUGUCUGAAUUACAGCCAUUUGACAGUGCUCAUUCGAAAGCCAGUUCACAGUCUGGCAGUGGAGAUGAUCUAGUCAAAGUAGGGCUAUUUCAAAGUUAUACAGGCGAACGUCACACACCAACUCAUGGUACUGCUGCUAAAGGAGAUCAUAUGCUUUCUCCAAAAUCCAUGGUGUCUAGUGAUACGCAGCUGUCACAGACCUGCUCGCUAGUUUUACAGAAGCCUACUGCUUUCAAACCUCUACCUGGCUCACCUCAAUUGCCAUUCUCUAGUCUUAAGGGUGGCAUUCACUCCGAACCUGCCUCUCCUCUGCAUUCUUUUAACCAGAAGGAAGGAUCUCCUUUGAGACCGCCAAAACCACUACCUCACUCGGCCCCGUGCACCCCUCAACGCCAUCCCUUCAUUGACAAGGCAGCUCUGCUCUCACCGCAGCAGUUGGCAUCGAAAGGAUUAAUGACCAGAGAUGAUAGCAACAAACCACCUCUGAGGUUAUUUGGGAACAGCAGCACUUCAUUGGAAAGCCAGGCCAAAGGUAGUCGCAACGGCAUCACCCGAGUUGUGGCGGCUAAUGAAGGUAGGCCCUUGUCUCAUUCAUAUGAACAGCAGCCACAUGUUACUUCAGACAAGUCGUCUGUCUAUGAAGAUGCCUAUCACACAAAGAGAAGCGAAAACUUGUCGGGCGGUCACCCAGUGUCUCACCACAAUCCAAAUAACGUGCAUGGCAUUCAAAGGAUAAGCAGCUCCGAAGCUCUUCACGAGAAUUUACCUCUGAACCACCCACACAGAAUGCACGGAGGUGACACCAGGCCAACGCCGGUGCAUCACGUGCCAAGAUCAUUCCAUGGAUCACACGGUCCACGGCCUGGUCCACAUGUCACAAAUGGACGCUUGUCACCAUCAGGCAUGCCAGCCAUGCACGGGGGGCAUCCAGGGCGCACGCCGUUCAACUCGCCCAUGCCAGGCAUGGCAGUGCCACCCAGGUCUGCCAUUCAUCCGGCAAUUAUUCCACCGCGGCUCCAUGCAGCUUAUCUCAGAAUGAUGUCUUCAGCAGCUGGCACGCCCAUGGGAAUGCCUUCUUCUGGAAUGAGCCCAAUGUCCAUGAGGAUGCCUCCACACUCAGCUGGAAGGUACCCCAUGAUUCCUGGACACCAUCCUGCUGCUGCCGCCGCCAUGAUGUACGGGGGUCGUCCGUCAUCCGGCUAUCCACCUGUAAACCCUGCGGCCAUGAUGGCACCUCGUUCCCCUCACAUGUCCCAUCAGACGGGGCUUCAGCAGGUCCAUGGAAGACGAGUUCCAAGUCCGGUGAUGAACUUUCCGCCACAAAGCCAUUCUCCAGGAGGUGUCGGCAGCGGUAAUAUCUUGUCCAAAUGGUUCAGCGAAGACGUUCUACAACAGGCUACUCCAGCACAACGUCACAACUCACCUGACGUCACAAGGAAAGUGGUGUCUGUAGAAGAACUAGAGCGACAGCAAGCUGCAGCCAUAAAUUGACUCAAGACCGUGAAAAGCUCACUUGCCAAGGGGAAUUUGUAUUUAGUGCGUUGUUUGA